AGGCUGACUGCGGGCAGAAUGGCGGCUCAAAUUCCCAUCGUGGCUGCCACUUCUACCCCCGCCGUAGCUAGGAACAGCAAGAAGAGGCCAGCUAGCCCUUCUCACAACAGCAGCGGAGGGGGAUAUGGUGCUAGUAAGAAGAAAAAGCUAUCCGCCUCCGGCUUUGCUCAGGGUGUCAGCAUUGAAGCCAUGAAUGAGAGUAAAAUGGCGUCCUCGGAGUUAAGCUCGGGGCCUGUGGAAAAAGCUGCCAAGCCGUUGCCAUUUAAGGAUCCCAACUUUGUGCACUCUGGCCAUGGCGGCGCUGUAGCUGGCAAGAAGAACAGAACCUGGAAGAACCUCAAACAGAUCCUCGCUGCUGAAAGGGCGUUGCCAUGGCAACUGAACGAUCCUAACUACUUUAGUAUUGAUGCUCCUCCAUCCUUCAAGCCAGCUAAGAAGUAUUCUGAUAUUUCAGGCCUUCUUGCCAACUACACAGACCCUCAGAGCAAGCUGCGGUUCAGCACGGUUGAGGAAUUCUCCUACAUUCGCAGGCUGCCUUCGGAUGUGGUCACAGGCUACCUGGCCCUGAGGAAGGCCACAAGCAUUGUCCCCUGAGCCUCAGAAGUGGAGACGGAGUGGAAAUGACCUCUAAAGCAGACUGACUGCACUUGUGACUUUGUUUCCUGGAAACAAACAUUUCUGCUGUCAAUCUGAAAAUGUCAGCUCUGGGCUUUGGAAAGAGUGUCUGGCUUUACUAGGAGGAGUUUUCAGUUUGCUUUCUUCCCCUCCAAGUGCAACCUUCCUAGUUGAAUUAAAUCAUACUUCAGUUGUUGCCUCAAGUAAAAAUUGUUUGAUAAGAAAAUGCAGUAAGAUUAUGCAUUUAAAUUAACUCAAGCAAGUCCCUGAAUCUUGUUUGCAAGUUGUGAACUCUCAUCCACCAUUUUCAAAGACUGCAAUAAAGGCCCACGGGCCUGGCUUGUUCUGGAGCCUAACAAGCGAGCUGGCCUUCCGUGGGAUCAGACGCCUCUGUGGGUUUUCCACCGCACUGUUGAACGCCUUUACCCAACGUGGCCCGCCUGCAGGUGAUUUAUUUGUGUCUGCCGCGUGGUGAAUCGUGGUAUUGGCUUCCUGGAGCCAGAAGAGAAAUUAAGCUCUUAAAAGGAAAAGUAUUUAGCUAGGUUGAAGAAAACAGAUUUUGGAGGCUAAGCCUUUAAGACCACUCAUUGCUUUUGCAGGGGACCCAGGCUUGGUUCCCAGCACAGCUAUCUCUAAUGCCAGUUCCAGGGCAUCCAAUACCCUCUUCUGACUUCACCAGGGGAGUACAUACAUACAUGCAGGCAAACUCAUACAUAUAGAAAUAAUAUAAUUUUUUAAAAAUUGUAUUUUUUUCUUAAGACCACACUGAUAUCAAGGCUGCUCUGAAGUGAGUUAUUCUGAUCCUGCCGCCUGUCUUCCCUGUAAGAGUGGAGCCUCGAGGUGUACCUUAAAGUGACCGGAAUGUUAGAGAUGCAAUUUGCAGAGCUGGGGCAAGGAAGGGCUCCUUGUCACUGUAGUUACUUUCCUUGCAGUGGCCAAAUGCCCAAUAAGAAGGAAUACAUGACCACUGCUGUGGGGAGUCAGCAGGUGCGUGAUGCAGCUGGCCACACUCCAUCCACGGCCAUGACAUAAAACAGACAAGAAGUAAGGCUGGACUGUAACACCUCAAGGCCUGCUCCAGUGACCCACUUUCUUCAGAGAGGCUCUACCACACACACAACCACCUUCCAAAUUUACACUCAGAUCACUACACCAUGUCUCCCAAGUUAAAACAUGUAUCCACCUAGACUUUAAAUGUGCUUUGUAACUGUUGAUGGCACUGUACAGAGGGCCAAAGUAUUUCCCAUCAGAUAGCAUUUUUCUGAACCCAUGCCUCUUGGGACGAGAUCACAGGACUUGACCCAUCAUCAAAUAGGACCAGGUGACCUACAGAGACAUCACAAUGAUGGCUUCCUACAGUCAAGUCCAUUUCCAAUAAUGCUCUCAUCUAAGAGAACCCAUGAACCUUAUUUGAAUCCUGGUUCAAACAAAAACCUUAAAUUAUUUAUGAGACAAUUAUAAACUUGAUAGAUUUUGAUGUGUGAAGGUAUUUAUGAAUAUUUUUAGUCAGUGAUGGUAUACUGUUAAGGAAAAGGUUCAUAUUUUAGGGACAAAGGCUGAAACAUUUAUGGACAGAGUGAUAUGAUAUCUGGGAUUUGUUUUAGGAUGAAGUGGGAGGGAGGAAAUGAAUGGAAAUAGUGUUGAAACAGUAUUGGCCACGAGUCAGCUAUUGUGUGCUAAGACGCUCCUCACACCAGUCUACUCUGUAUGUGUUUGAAUAUCUCUGUAAUAAACUUAACAAGGAC